AUGGCCUCGGCUACAUCGGCUCCUACUUCGAGCCUUCGCAUAGCACAGGUCAACUCGUUGCUCUCGCUCCUCAACCUCAACACCUCGACAUUCAACCAUGCUUCCUCUUCGUCCUCGGUGCCAGGCUCCAACUACAACUCCAGACCAGGCUCAGCAGCCGGGCAGAGCGAUGCCGCUUCGACCGACCCUGCAGUUCCAUCAGGCCCCCCCGUCUGGAAGGUGCUUGUCAUGGACAAGGUCUCCAAGGACAUCCUAGCCACAUCUUUACGUGUGCAGGACUUGCGUGAGAACGGCGUUACCCUGCACAUGCAGCUGCACUCGGACCGACCGCCAUUGCCCGACGUGCCUGCUGUCUACUUUGUGUCACCCACCUCGCAGAAUGUGCAGCGCAUCGCCCAGGACAUGAAGAGGAUGCUGUACGAAAGCUUUUACGUCAACUUCACCAGCACUGUACCCAAACCGGUGAUGGAAGAGUUUGCCAAUCUCGUUGCUACAGAUGGGACGGGCCAGCUGGUGCAGCAAGUCUACGAUCAGUACCUCAACUUUAUCGUCCUCGAACCUAACCUCUUUGAGCUGCUUCCCGACGCCGCUGCCGCCUCGACUUCUCCCAGCUCAGCAUCCACCAACGGCGCAAAUGCCGCCACGACAUCCUCUGUCAGCCUCACCACGUACGAACGCCUCAACGAUCCCAAGUCCGGGCAAAAGGACGUUGAGGAUGCCACGGACCGCAUCGCCGCCGGUCUCUUCUCCACGCUCGCUACAAUGGGCGCGCUGCCGAUCAUCCGAUCUCCACGCGGAAACGCCGCCGAGCUGGUAGCGCGAAAGCUCGAGUCCAAGAUCCGCGAGCACAUCACCAGCUCUCGCGGCGGCUCCAACCUGUUCUCCGAAGCAGCGGGCAGUGCUGGCCAUCCCAGCUGGAGCUCUUCCCGACCGCUGCUCGUGGUACUGGACCGCAAUGUCGACUUGGUGCCCAUGCUCGCGCACAGUUGGACGUACCAGGCACUGGUGCAGGAUGUGUUGGAUCUGCAGCUCAAUCGCGUCACCGUCGUCUCGAGCGAAGGCGGCAUCACGAGCAAAAAGACGUAUGAUCUCGACUCGAAGGACUUCUUCUGGUCCAAGAACUCGGCUACGCCUUUCCCGCAGGUGGCAGAGGACAUUGAUGCCGAGCUCAACCGGUACAAGGCGGAUGCGGCUGAGAUCACGCGUUCGACGGGGAUCAGCAGUAUGGACGAGGUCGGGCAGCUCGAUUCCACUUCGAAUGCUGCGCAUCUCAAGGCUGCGAUCACGGCGCUGCCGGAACUGACACAGCGCAAGUCGACGAUCGAUGCACACAUGAACAUCGCCACGUCGCUGUUGCAGGGGAUCAAGAAGCGUGGAUUGGACACGCUGUUUCAGCUGGAAGAGGCAAUUGCGCGGCAGAAGAAGGAAGCGAUCUUCGAGGUGAUCAGGGAUACGCAGUUGGAAGAUGUCAACGACAAGUUGCGGCUCUUCAUCAUCUACUACCUCUCUGCGCCGGACUCUGCGCUUUCGCGUAGCGACGUCGAGGAGGCCGAACGCAUCUUGAAGGAGCAAGGUGCGGAUCUGGCGGCAUUGAACUAUGUCAAGAAAGUGCGCGAGUUGACGCGCAUGACCAUGCUGGCAUCGGCGCCGCAGCAGCCGGCGGUGACCGAGGCGAGUGCCGGGUUCAAAGGGUUCAGCUCGCUCUCGUCGCGCCUGACGGAUCGCUUGAAGGACUCUGGGCUGGAGAACAUCGUUCAGGGGGUGAAAAAUUUCUUGCCCGCACAGAAGGAUCUGACAGUGACGCGGUUGGUGGCGUCGCUGAUGGAGCCGGCGGGAGCGAAUGCGCAGGCACUGCAGGAGACGGACGAGUAUCUGUUCUUCGACCCCAAGGCUCCGCGCACGCGUGGUGCUGCGAGCAGCGGCGGAGUCAAGGCGAGACAGGUGUUCAACGAGGCGAUUGUGUUUAUCGUUGGCGGAGGCGGCUAUGUCGAGUUUAGCAAUUUACAGGAGUAUGCCGCGCGGAGCGUCGGCGGUGGUGCUGUGGCGCCGGGCGGUGCGGUGGGAGGCGCGGUGGGCAGUGCAGGCGCAGCGGCUGGUGUAGGCGGGAAGAAGAUCACGUAUGGUGCUACGGAGAUCCUCAAGCCGAUCGAGUUUGUGCGUGCCUUGGCGCACCUAGCUGGUGGCGAUGUGGCAAAGAGCACGGCUACCACUGCGCCGGGAGGACCCGGAAAGUAG